GUAAGUGGUGAAGUGGGUGGGUAAACACAGCGGCACAGUCGUGCAUCUAUGUACGAUUCGUACUCGGCAAAGUACGCGUGGAUCUUAUCCGGGAUGUACAACGUUCGGGAAGACGACGAAUUCGAAACCUUGCAAUAAAAUUGUGAGGUUUUUGAGCAUGAGCGUCUUCUUCGACGUAAUCUGAACACCUUUUUCUCACAAUUACCCUUUCACGAUGGCAGCACCAACGGCUCCAACCCCUCUCAAUAUCGUCAUCGUAGGCGCGGGAAUAGGCGGACUCAGCGCUGCCAUAUUUUUCCGUCAACAAGGGCAUAACAUCACUGUUCUCGAGCAAUCGCGUUUCGCAAAUGAAGUCGGUGCCGCAGUGCAUAUUGCGCCCAAUGCCGCGGGGUUAGUCUCGCGAAUGGGUAUCGAUGCCCCCGCGACCGGCGCCGUGGAAUGUCUCACUAUGAAGAACGUAAAACCCAACGGCGAAACUAUGUUCGAGGUUCCUGUAUGGCGGUCGCGAGGGCGAUGGCAGCACCCGUGGCUCCUCGCUCACCGCAUCGAUCUACACUCUGAGCUAAAGCGCGGGGCAAUAAGGGAAGAUGGUGUGGGUCGUCCAGCGACGUUGCAGACGGCGGCGAGAGUGGAGAGGGUCACUACGGAUGGAGUUGUUGUGCUAGCUUCUGGAGAGGAGAUCCGCGCUGAUGUCGUUAUUGGGGCGGACGGUGUCCAUUCGAAGACACGGUACGCAUUGCCCGGUUCUGAAGGGAUUCGACCUUUCGGCUCGGGGAAGAGCGCAUUUCGGUUCACUAUGCCCCGGUCGCGGGCACUGGAGGAUCCCGUUACAAAGCCUCUCGUGGGUGCGGAAGGACAGAUGACGCUGUAUAUGGGCAGGGACCGGAGAGUGGUGAUCUAUCCUACGCGACACAACGAGAUUUUGAACUUUGUGUGUAUACAUAGUACCAAGGACUCGGAGAUUUCGUCGGAUGACCCGGAUAGUGGUGAUUGGCAGAACACAGGGCAUUUGGAUAAGUUGCUGGAGGUUUACAAGGACUUUGAUCCAGCACUCCUUGCGUUGCUUGGGAAAGCUAGCGAAGAUACGUUGAAGGUGUGGGAGCUUCUUGACAUGGAACAACUCCCGACCUGGACGGAGGAUCGAUUAGCAUUGAUAGGUGACGCCGCGCACCCGUUCACUCCACAUCAAGGGCAAGGCGCCGGUCAAGCUAUCGAAGAUGCAGCAUCUCUAGCCUGCGUUCUUCCCCUCGGUACACCACCUUCUGAAAUCCCCGCCCGUCUCAAGCUUUACGAGAAAUGCAGGUACGAGCGCGCUUCCAUGAUACAAGAAUAUAGCCGUAUCGUCGGUAUGGAUCUUGGAACUGGACCGCCCUUCGACGGGCUAAAAUACACAAACGAUAACUUUGGGCACGAUGAGUGGCACCAUACUCAGCAGAAGCUACGCGAAUGGGAGUGGAGUCGAAAUCCAACCGCGUAUAGACGUAUGCCGGUAGCAUUUGGACCGUUCCCUGGCCCUCGUCAGGACUGCACGGGGAAUGCUAGGGAUUGGAGCGCUUCGACGUUCACGACAGCAAGCAUCAAGUUUCGAACCAGUCGGACGUUACUUGAAGGAUUGUUCCCAAACAAGGCGUUCCGGUUCGCGGUAUCGGAUACAAAUUGCUACGCCACUUUUUCGGUAUCCUCCCUAGGAAACCUCGAGUGGCUGGGCGGUAAUGGGUAUAGCCACCUUGGACUGUAUAUCCAUGGCGUUGAGUACACGAAAAAUAACGGCGAAACGGUCGAGGGAGACUAUCUCCCCGUGCUGUUCGAAGACCUAGCGGACCCAAUCAUCAGCGGAAGAGAAGAGAUAGGCAUGCCGAAAGUGUAUUCGCGUUUGGAUGUGGCAAAGACAACAGACAGUUUGACAGUGACGGCGGGUUGGAUGGGCAGUGAUUUCUUGAAUCUGUCGCUCACACAGCUCCAGUCUAGCGAGGCUCAGACCGAUGCAGCAUCGCCUGCUUCAAGUGACGAGAACCUCUUCUUCUACAAAUACAUCCCUGCCACUGCUGCUCACGGAGAGGAGCAACGCAGUGCCGAUGUCGAGUAUGCGUGCAUAUCUCCUAUGGACGAGAAAGUCAAUGCGAUGAAGAAGGUCGAAAGGAGAACAAUUGCACAGAAAGCUGAGAUUCGCAUCGAGGCACUGGAUGCGAGAAAACUUCCUACUUUGCAUCAUAUUGUAGAAAGGCUGGCAGAGAUUCCCAUCUACGAGGUUGUUGAGGCUAAGAUCGUUGAAGGGACUGGUGGCAGCGAUCUGAAGGCCGCUAGGAGGUUGGAAUAG